AUGUCCACUACAAACCCCUCCGCGUCCCCAUCCCGCUCCACCUCGCCUCCACAACAAGACGGCCAACACAAACAACAGGAACAGGAACAACAGCAGGAGCAGCAGCAGCAGCAGCGCCUAAAAGUCCACACCCACCACUGCCGCUUCUGCAACCACCUCCUCCUAGCCACAACGCGCACAAUCGCGACGCUUCCCCGCCGAAAAGCCCCCGCGCAGGAUAACGCGCUGAUUCUCCCUCUUCCGCGCGCUGACGACGACGACGACGACGAGCUAGACGCAGAUACAGACGCAGACGCAGACGCAACCACAUCCCCCGAAACCGAAACCCAGCGAGCCGAAAAAUCAGAAGGCGAAGGCGAAAGCGAAGGCGAAGGACAGGAGGAGAGGACAAGGCGCAAGCAGAAACAGAAGCAGAAACACUACACCAUCCUCCUAGCCACAACUCUACCAGAUCGCAAGGCAACGCUGGUCCGUCGAGAAGACGGGUUCGAGAAGAGGCGGUUUCUGCGGUGUGGGCGGUGUCGGGUCGUGGUGGGGUAUUUCCUCGAUGCGGUGCAUUUUCCUGUUGCAAAUGGGAAGGGCGAGGAUGUAGUUGAAGGGGAGGGGCCGGAUCAGGAGCCGCGGGUUGUAUAUCUACUGCCAGGGGCGUUGAUGGAGACGGAGAUCAUGGGCGAUGAGGAGAAGCUGCGGGCGAUGGAUCGGGAGUGGAGCGAGUGGAUUGCUCAAUAG